AUGUCGGGGUUCUUGAAGGCCGAAGUUGCCCCAGGAAGCGAAGCGCAAGACUUGGAAGCUACGCAGAGGCGCCUGAGACGCGCCCACAGGCGGACGAUGUUGCCGACCUGGCUUUUGACGGGGCUGACCCUCGCCUACGUUCUGUUCGAGGGAGGGCGUUUGCUCUACGAGACGACGUUGCAGCAGUGGUCGGAGGAGGCUAUUUUGCACAUCGAUAAGGAAAUCUUUUUCCUCCACGACUUCGCCGCUGGAUUUUAUUCUCUCGCCGAGCAACUGACUAGCGACUAUUGCUUCUUGAACUUCAUGGACGCACGAGACCCGCCGAUUGCGCCCACAGCCACGCGGGAACAAAUCCACGCGCUAGUCAGUGUCUACGCCCCGUCGUUCUGCUCCUGGAUCAAAGAUUUGUACUUCUUCGAAGAGCCGAUCCCAGGCACCUCGGACUCGUCGACCGCUCAGCUGCUGAACACGACCUAUGUCUGUGGAGAGCGCUUUGCCGACUUGGUGCGGCGAAUCAACGGCGACAUGAUGGACCUCGUGCACAAUUACACCAUAGUCAAGAUGCAACUCAUUGAAAUGCUCGUGCCUCUCGUGGAGAAUCCGAACUGGUCGCCUCAUCUGUUAUGCGACUUGGACUUCUCCGCUGAGGACCUAUGGACUUGUUCGAACGGGCUCAGCGCCCUCGAACAACUGAGGAACCAGCUGUCGGGAUAUCUGGGCAGGGAAUGGCAUCUCUACUCUCCGAUUCUCAGCAUCGUCAUUGUCUUCAUCUUGGCCACGCUCUUCUUUGCCAGGCGGCAUGCAUUCAAAGGCGUCUUCCACGCACGCUUCGAAUGCUUGUGGGCGAUGCUCCAACAAAUCGAUCAGGUUCUCCAGCGAAGACUCGAGAACAUGGUGGUGAUUAUGCAGUCGGUCAUUGACGACCGCAUGAUUGGGAGGCUGAAAGUCGUCUCCGGCAUUCAGAGUUUGCUUCUGUCCUCAGAGUCUCCGUUUUACCGGGUCAUGGAGCACUGCACUUUUGACCUAAUCGAAGGUCUGAGCCUGGCCUCCCAGUACGUUAAACUGGAGAUGCAAUCCUCCACCGAAAGCCGAGAAAUGGUCAACAUUCGCCUCAUGCUGGACGGCUGUAUCCAAGUGUACAAGAACGAGACGCGAGCAAAUGGCACCUCGAUCACUUGCUGCUACGCCCCCACGGUGCCCACCGCCCUCGCGAUGGACAAGCUGAGGCUGAGGACGGUGUUGCUGCAGGUUCUGCGUUUCGCGCUCCUGGAAGGAAAAGUCUUGCAUGCGGAAGUGAAGCUUACGGCGAAGAAAGUGUUCCUCGGAAAAACCCCGCCCCCUAUCGAGACAGAGAAGCGAAACGACCUGAAAAACUUCGACACUCAGAUCAGCAUCAAAUGCAAAAUGGAAGGCGCUAUAACCUUCACGGCGUCCGAACUCCUCGAUUCGGCUUACCUCCGCGUGAGGCGAGGAAGGGGCAUUGCCUUCAUCUACGCGCGAAAGGUGCUUCGGGAACUGAAUGGUGACAUCACCAUCACGACAACCGACAACAACGAAGUGAUCUACGACCUCUACUUCCAAGCCAUGGGUCGGUUCCACGUGAAGGACUUCCAUGUCGCGUUUGGCACUGUGAAGAACGCGGUGGCGCUGACCAUGAAUGUCCAGCAAGCGAAGGGAUACUCACAGUUGACGGCUGUUGCGGACUUGGUCGGCGUGAAGGUGAUUCACGUGAACUCCGUCGCCGAAGCAGCCGAGCAAAUGCUCUCGAAUCGAGGCCACCGCAUCGUCGCCGUCUUCUUCCGGGAUCCCGGAGACAGCCACGCCUUCCGGCAGUCGAAGAUCGUCCCGAUCGAGGAGCCACUGACCGCGUCGGAUUGCGUCACUGCCAUGGCCAUUGGCGCCGCGUCCUUCAUCGCGAAUCGUCAAGGCUCGAAAGAGCUUCUCCGCAACCUUUCUUACGGACGGCGCUCGUUCUGGGAUACGCUCGUGACAGCUUUUUCUACCAAUAUGACGCGGCUCGGAACGGGCGACUCCGCCGACAGCUUGAAGGCCUCCAGCAUGAGCUCGUUGGCUAGUCACGAUUUGGAGAGGAUCUCUGAGCCGCCCGUGGUGCGGUUCCAUGACCCAGUCGCCGACAGGCUGUUUCGCCGAGUCUCGAAUGUGCCCAUACAAAACAAAUAUUACGCCUACUUUGUCGCCGGCAGAAUCAACGAGGUUGGUUUCGCCACAAACGUCAUCGAUCUCUACAAGAAUAUGGUGCUGGACCAGCGUGUGUACAAGUUACCUGAGGAAAAGAACAUGAGUUUCUACGAGUUAGCCCAGACCCGCGCCUAUCUUUUCGAAAGUGGACAAGCAAAUGAAUGCCUAGGGGCAGAUUACCACGAGGACUACUUGGGCAAGCUUCUCGGAGCACAGAUUGAUCCGAUGGAUACUACCGCCUUGGUCAAAAAAGUCUACGAGGAUUUCGAGGUGAAACCCGAAAUCAAGGUCCCAGAAGAAGAAGAGACAAGUGGAAACGACGACGAACUGCCAACCGUGGAACGGACAAUGGAGGAGUACAAAUGGGGCAACAUCCCUGAAUACACAGUGCCGAACUGUAUCACGACGAGUGUUGCAAGGAUGGACGCAGUCUUGUGCCUGGCGCCAACCGUCGCCUCUGAGGCAAGGCUGAACCAGUACAGAGAAAAUGCUCCAACGAUCGCUGUCGAGUUCAUCUUCAGCUGGGACUUCGACAUCUCUAGCCUCCAGCAGGAGACCGCUGCGAAACUGGCUUACGAGUUGCUGAUUUGGUGUGCAGAUAAAGCGCAGAUCAGUGUUCCCCGGGAGACAUGCGAGAAGUUCGUCCUUUCUGUGCAGCAGAACUAUUUUGCCAUGCCUUUCCACAACUUCAAUCACGCGCUGCAUGCAGCCCAGGCAGUGAUUUUAAUUGCAAAGGAUCUGUCUUUUCAGCAGUGGUUCUCUUACGAAGACAAGUUUAUAAUUAUGCUAGCGGCGCUGGGUCAUGACAUCGGUCACCCCGGUGUAACGAAUGAGUUUCUGAUUAGCAUGCGGUCGUUCACGAGUAUUUUGUUCAACGAGACGGCUGUCUUGGAGAAUUACCACACUCUGCUGUACAUGGAUCUUUUGAAAAAUCCCGACCUCGACAUUUUGAAGAUGCUGCCUCCCGAGAGCGUCCAGCGCGCACGGCAGAGAAUCAUCGCCGCCAUCUUGGCCACUGAUCGCGCGUUAGACAUGAAGCUCAUCGACCUUCUGAACGACGUAAAAAGCAGAAACGAGAAAGUGCCUGUCCCUGCAGCCCUCCUCGAUCCGAACAUCCGCGAUGCCUGCCUCCUUCACGCGGCUGAUCAUGCGCUGUCUCUCCUCAACUUUCCACUUCAUCGGAAGUGGGCUGAGAAAAUGGUGAUUGAGAUGCACUUCCAGAAUACUAUGGACGAAGCCUUGAAACUGCCCAAGAGCUAUUGCAGCCUCAGUAGAUUGUCAGAAGCAACCCUCGCUGGAUCGCAAGUGACGAUGAUAGACACACACUACCUGCCAUUCUUUAGCACCCUCGCUUGGUAUUUCCCGGGCGACCUCGACAUGCGAGUUGCGGUGAUGAAAGCCAAUGCCGCGUUCUGGCAACAUCUUCGAGAUGAAGAAAUGAGGAAAACUGUCGCCUUGAAUGACAAUCCGGAGCAAGAAGAUUGGCGAAGUGCGAAAUUGCAAGUGAUCUCCAGUAAAUUCGUUGAGAAUAGGGAGAAAAUGCACCAGAAAGCGGCAGAAAUCAUGCAGGCUGAGCCGAAAGAUGUCUUCUUUGACCCGUACCCAAUGACGGUGGAUGACAGUGGCAGCGAUGGCGAAGCUGACUCCUUCGCGAAGAGAGUGAGGCAUGAGAAAGCCGGAUUGGGUGGCUACACUGUAGACAGCAAACGUCGACCGGCUGAUUCAUCCAGUCCGGUGGAAGGACCGGAAGCAGACGCGAAUGCUCGUGUUUCGGCAGAAGAGUCCAUGAAAACGGACCAAACGCCUCAGCCAGAGAAAAAUGUGCAGCGCCAUUCCACUUCAGGCCUAGGACGCGCCAGUAGCGUGGGCUCGUCUCCGUCUCGGCGGGCGAGCUUGCGCGCGCGUUUCGCUGAUGAGGAUUUAACCAGUUGUGCAAGGUUGCAUCCUGUUGUGGAUGCCGGUCGCGUUUCUGCACAUGACGCCACACUUCGAGACGAGCACAGCGCAGAAGCAAGUAGAGGAGCGAGCGAAAGUACACAGCGGUUCACAGACAGCACUGAUCAAAACGCGAGAAUAGGAGACGACGAGAAGGAAUCCGUAGCAGAUGAAAGGGUCGGCGAUCCCGAAAAAACACCUGAGAACCACGAUCCUCCCACAGUUUCACAGUCAGACGACAAACACCAGAGGCAUACCGACGUCUCAGCUUUACUCCUAGGAGAGGAAGAUCACGUAGAGAGCCGACGUCCUCGUUCAGCGCGGUCUCACCCAGAGGCGGUAGCGGCUUCCACGUUGCCUGGCCCGAGGAGUGGAGCGGAUCAAGAGGAUGCAAACCAGGGAACGGAGUCUGUUUCGAAAGAUCAGGCGUCAUCUGGCACUUGCCUGAAACGAGUCGAAGCCUCUCAAGAUGAGGCGACGGAGAGGCACGCCAAUGGUGAAAACAUGGAUACAGACGAAACGCCCGCGUUUGUGUUUGACGAAGUCUCCGGUUUCUUUUAUGACCAGCAAGGUUAUGUGUACGACCAACAGGGAAACCUCAGAGGCUACGUGGACGGGAACGGAGCCUUCCAGGCUUAUUCAGAGAGUGAAUUGCAGUAUUACGCUGAAACCAUGGGAAGAGGUGAAGACCAAAAACAGGCUAGUUACGUUUCUCCAGAGGGUCAGUGGGUGCCCUCCUCCGAGUUCGGUUCCUCAGAUGCAAAUCAGACUCCUGAUCACGGUUCAUCCACAUGA